UUAAUUAAAAAUGUCAAAAGGAUCUGGACCUUUAUCAAAGUUGUACAAUGUAAUCAUUACCUCUGUAGAUGUUUUGGUUCCACAAUCGAUGCAACCGUUUUGGACUUCCCCAGCUGGUCCACGAACCGUAUUUUGGGCGCCGCUCUUCAAAUGGAGCCUGGUGGUAGCCGGUCUUGGCGACACUUUGAGUCGUCCCGCCCAGAACAUCUCGCUCAACCAGUGCAUGUCCCUGGCAGCCACUGGCUUAAUUUGGUCCCGCUACUCGAUGGUGAUAACCCCAAAAAAUUACAACUUGCUGUCCGUCAACAUUGCGGUCUUUAUCAUUCAGAGCUUUCUGAUUGCCAAGCACCUAAAGUGGCGUAGCGACACUACCCGGAAAGCGGUCUACGAUCAUUCUCAUUUUCAUUCCAUUCGGAGGACGAAUGGUAACGAGUGGACGGAUCUUCUUAAGAGACAAUUUCCAAGUAAAAGAUUUAUUUUGAAAACAUCCCUGAAGCCCCACCGAAGACCUUGUACACAGAUAUCUAGACGCAUUCCUAAGACAUAAGAGCAAACGAAUCGGCUGAAUAUUAACUGCAAAAAAAAAUAUAUAUAUAUGUUGGGUAUAACCUUCUAUAAAAAGUGAUAUUCCUGUUUAAAUUAAUAA